CACAAAAGUUAUUAAACAUCUAAAUUACGAGGAAGUUGAGAGAGGUGAUGACUGACUUCCGGUGUUAGCCUCCUUGGUGGCUCCGCCCCCUAAGUUCUCCUGGGAGACGCGAACAACUGCGUUGUAAAAGUGCAGUCGACACUUGGGACACUUUUCUUUUAGUCCCGGACACCCGUUUAAAGGGACAACUUUCAAGCAAGAAAGGAGCGGCUUCAUCCAACCGGAUUAUUAUGUGCCAAAAGCGCGUCUAAGUAUCAUCUUGUUCGAGUUCCCGGGGGACAUGAGACUCACUCCCCAGCAAGCUCCGCUCUACGGCCGCUGCAUGAUCACGGUGCAGCUCGCCGAUGAGGAGCUGGCUGUGGACGAGGAGGGUGGCGACUACUUCCUGCUGUUUGCUGGCAGCACGCAGAGGCACCUGACCAGCACCCUGCGGAGCGGCCAUGACACCUUGCAGGCGCUCUGUCCCGCUCACGACUGCUGCGAGGAGGUGUCUGUCACCCUGUGCUUGGCGUCUCCUGGCGACCGGGAAGCCUCGGAGGAUGUGAAGACGGCCCCGGCCAGCGUGGCUCCCGUGGCCGAGGACCGCUUCGGCUUUGUUCAGGACCUGGCUUUCGACAUGGCGCAGUUUUUGGUGAGCACGGUGGGCCGCAGCGACGGCCUGGACGGGGCGCUGCUCCUGGACGAGUGCCACAUCCCCCUGCAGGAAUGCGAGCGUCUGGACGAGAGUUUGGCUCUGGCCCUCCACCACAUCGCUUUGCCCCCGGGGUGGAGCUUGCUGGGGGGCAACACAGAUCUGGAUCCCCGCGAGACCCUGCUGCAUUUUUCCGCCCGCCGGGGCCUCGUCCGCGUCACCGACUUCCUCCUGCGGCAGCCGGGAGCCGGAGAAGCCGCGCGGCUGGCAAACAGGCAAGGUCACACCCCCGCCGCCGUGGCGGCGAUGCGGGGCCACGACGGCCUCCACCAGCUCCUCGCACGGGCCGAGGCGGCCGGCGAGUCGGACGAGGGGCCCGAGCGCGCCCAGCUGGUCCCGGCGGACGCCCGCGUGGCUUGCCACCUCCCACGGCUGCGCACGCACACGCUAACGCAGAGCGUGCGCCCGGGCCGCGACCCGCCGACCCUCUGCCGGAACGUGGAGCAGCUGCUGCAUUUGACGCGUCAUCUCCACGCCAAGAGGCUUUCUGUGCUGGAGCUGCACACCGACUCUCUGCACACGACGGCCGAAUGCUGUGAGGACGUCGACGCAGAGACAAGCUGCCCCCACGUGGAAACGUCAGAAAACUCCAGCGGAUCUUGCGGACACGGCGAGGAGGAAGACCAGAGCCUGUCUGUGAGCACCCAGGAGCCCUGCCCCGUCCCCCUGGAGGAUCGGGUGUGUCUCCAGUCUGCGAGAGAUUAUCACCCCGCGGCGGAGGGAAGGGAACGGCCUGCCGGAGCACACAACUUGAGCGAGAGUGCAGGAGAAGGGGGGAGCCUGCCACCGGGAGGGUGGGGUGAGCAGGAAACAGACAGAGAGGAAGAACGGGAGGCCACAGAGGGAGAGGACGUAUCUGAGCAGGAAGCGGCAGAAGAAGAAGACAACGACAGAGAGGAGGAGACGCCCGGUGGAGGUUUAGUCAUGGGCCAGUCCCCGUCCGCCGACUGCUCUGAGGAGCCUCAGCGAGACGACGAAUCGCCGAGUCACACCUCGGAGCUUCCUGACGAUGAGGAAGGCUUAGCUAAGUCCUCCCUAUCAGCCCAGGAGGACCUCCCACUUCCAUCCGGGGUCGCCUGCGAUGAGGUAACCACAGAGUCAGAUGUUCCUUUUAGCGCCGUACAGAGCUUGGAAGAGGACCAGGAAACAGCUGCCGAGGAUUACGCUGCAGAGCAGGACCGAGACCCGGCUCGGCAGAGUCCGCAUGGAGCUUCUCCUACGGCAGAGGAACCCCCUGGAGAUGCGUCCAUGUCCUCACACUUUGCAGAUGAAACUCCGACGGGUCAGGACUCGCCCUGCGCUCGAGUCUCGCCCGAGCCCGCAGCCCGGUCUGAGCCUGACCCGGAUUCGGGCCUCACCCACGGUCUCUCCAGCGACGACGAUGUCAGCUUCCAGUCAGUCGGAAGUUCCACAACGGACAUAUUCCACCCCACCGAGGAAAGCGCCUCCCUCGAGGAACACGCGGAGACGCCGCACGACAGCAGCACGUGUUCCCCGCCCGAGGAACCGGCUGGUGACGCCCACCUGGGUAGUCCCUCUGAGCCUGAAGAACCGCCCUCACCCGGCGGCCUAAUAUCUGAGGCGCCGGAGGAGAAAGGUUCCCCAGUAGAACCGUCUGAGGAGGGGAUGGUGGAAGAUAGAAAUGCCGACCAGAAUGAAGAGGGGGAGGCCAGCGUGUCUGAGCACGCCGGGACCGGCGAGGCACAGGAAGGAGAUGAGCCUUGUUCUUCCACGAUCCAUCGAGACGCCGGCGAGGCUUCCUUCCCGCAGCCCCCCCCCAGCGCUCGGCACUCAGGCUCCUCGCAGGCGUCCACCUUGCCCGCGUCGUUCGGCGGGACCGCCAGUGGCGGCAACAGCUGCUCCCCCGCCCUGCACCGAGACUCGGGCAGCGACGCCGAAAGCUUGUUGAGCGCCGAGGUGGGAUAUGACAGCGUCUUCAUCAAGAAUGGCGAGCCAGUGACCGGCGGCGACAGCACCAGCGAGGUCUCCAUCUCCUGCUCCUCCACGGACGACACGGCCAGCGUGGGCCCGUCCAGCUCCAGUCCCGACGACGGCAGCCAGGGUCUGGGCAGCAGCUGGAGCCCGGAGGAGGUCAUCCCGCCGCGGGGGUCCUCCGUCUCCACGGACGGAGGCGGCGGAGGAGGACUGGGCGGGGAAGCCGAAGAAGAAGCCAAAGACAGAGUGACGGAGGUGCCGCGCCGUUCCUCUCUCUUCCGGAGCAGCCUCCGCUCCCUGUCGCCUCUUCGCCGCCACAGCUGGGGACCCGGAAAGAACAACGGAGCGGACGGGGCCAUGAACCAGAGGAGCUACAGCUUGGAGGGCCUCAGCGGCCAAGAGGAGGUGCGGGGCCUCAUGGGCCCGGGUCCCCGCAUCCAGGAGCCCUCCGGUGUUCCACGGCACGACGCGGACGAUCGGGGCUCCUUGGUGUCGCUCACGGAGGAGCAGGAGGAAACGGCCAUGGUCGGCAGCCUGGAGAAGCAGAAGUCCAGGCGCUAUCGUCCCCUGAGGAACAGCUGCCCCCCCAUGAGCCUGCCCCUCACCAAGUCCGUGUCCAUGCUGGCCAUCAGCCACCGAGACAUUGACGUGGUGGGACGUCUUCGGCGAAGGAGGCGGAUUUCCUUCUCCUUCAGUCUGUCCCCCAUCCUCACUAAAUCUAAGUCUCAGUUCCUUUACGGGGACUCCUCCACUAGCGAUGAUGAGGAUAGCUACAGUAUGAGGUCCUUCUCCAGCACGUCCGGCUCAUUAGCAUACAGCAUAUCAGAGGAGGAGCCCGGCCCGCUGCGGAGCGACACCGAGGGGAAGGGCGUCACCAAAGUCAGCCGCACCUUCAGCUACCUCAAGAACAAGAUGUACAAGAAGACCAGGGAAAAGGAGCGAGACAAAAAGGAGAAGGAGACCAAGGAGAAGGAGAAGAAGGCGGCGAACGGCCAUCACUUCAACGCCGUGGGGUCCGGCCAGGCGCUGGCCUGCUCCCAGUGCUCCCAGUGCAAUAAGGCCUUGAGCAGCAAGGAGACGUUCCAGUGCACGUACUGCAACGCCUGCGUGCACAAAGGCUGCAGGGAGGGCCUGCCUGUUUGCGCCAAGGUGAAGAUGAAGGUGCCCAGGCAGCAGGUCAGCGUGCCGGACUCCAGCUCCUUCCCCGGAGUCACCAUGAGGAACAAAUCGGGCGGGACGAGGGAGCGGCCCUGGUCGGCCAUCUUGACCCCGGAAGACCACUCCUCGCUGGCCAUGCCGCCGUCGCGCAGGCACACCAGCCUCAUGCCUUUCCACGGCAACAACCUGUCCAAAAGUCUGUCCAUCAGCAACAUCGCCGGGCCGGUGUUUGACGAGAUGCCCAUCAAAGGCCUGCGCUACCUGUCCCAGUCCACCGAUUCCCUCAACAGGACCAACCAGGUCACCGAGUCCAUGGAGUCCCUCACCGACGAAGGGACGGAAAUGAUGGACGGGCAGCUGAUGGGCGAGUUCGAGGGUGACGCCAAGGAGCUGGAGGCCGACUCCUGGAGUUUAGGCGUGGAGCAGCAGUACCUGCAGCAGCUGGACCGCAACCUGGUCAAGAGGCAGGACGUCAUCUACGAGCUGAUGCAGACGGAGAUGCACCACAUCCGCACGCUGCGCAUCAUGUCGGAGGUGUACAGCAAGGGCCUGCAGAAGGAGGCGCAGCUGGAGCAGCAGACGCUGGAGAGGCUGUUCCCGGCGCUGGACGAGCUGCUGGAGCUCCACACGCAUCACCUCCUCCGCCUCCUGGAGAGGAAGAAGGAGAGCCUGUCGGAGGGCGGCGGGCGCGCCUCGGAGCGGGGCGUCGUCGUGCACAGGAUCGGCGACAUCCUCCUCAGCCAGUUCUCGGGGUCCAACGGUGAAAGCAUGAAGAGGAUCUACGGCAGGUUCUGCAGCCGCCACAAUGAAGCCGUCAACUUCUACAAGGACCUGCUGACCAAAGACAAGCGCUUUAAGGCCUUCAUCAAAAAAAAGAUGAGCAGCAGCAUCGUGCGGCGGCUGGGCAUCCCAGAAUGCAUCUUGCUGGUGACGCAGAGGAUCACCAAGUACCCCGUGCUGAUCCACAGGAUCUUGCAGCACACCAUAGCGGGCGAGGAGGACUACGAGGACCUGGCCGAGGCGCUACGGCUGGUCAAGCAGGUGAUCGCCGCUGUGGACGCCAAGGUGAACGAGCACGACAAGCGGCGGCGCCUGAAGGACUUCCACGGCCGCACGGACAGCAAGUCCAUCAUGAUGAUGAAGAGCGGUCAGAUCUUCGCCCGCGAGGACCUCCUGCGGCGGCGGCUCAUCCACGACGGAGCGCUGCAGCUGAAGAGCAGCCAGGGCCGACUGAAAGACGUCCACGCUUUGCUCCUCUCCGACGUCCUGGUCUUCCUCCAAGAGAAGGACCAGAAAUACGUCUUCGCCAUGCUGGACCAGCGCUCCACCGUCAUCUCCCUCCAGAAGCUGAUCGUCCGUGAGGUCGCCAACGAAGAGCGCGGCCUCUUCCUCAUCACGGCCGGCAUCGAGAAGCCGGAGAUGAUGGAGGUGCUGGCCAGCUCCAAGGAGGAGCGCAACGCUUGGAUGCAGCUCAUACAGGACGCCAUGCAGUCCAUGGAGCGGGACGAGGACGAAGGCAUCCCCAGCGAGACGGAAGACGACAAGAGACAACUGGAGAGCAAAGCCAAAGAGAUGAGAGACCUUCUGAGGCAGAAGGAUUCCGAGAUCAUGUCUCUCCUGGAGGAGAAGGUGCGGCUCUUCAGGGGCAUGUGGGAGGGCUCCAGCCCGGCCGAGGAGGCCUGUCGGCAGGCCGAGCCUUUCUUCAGGUCGCCCGGCGGACCGGAGCCCCCGAGGGGGGCCUGCAUCAUGAAGGACGCCCUGCAGGAAGUGGAGACGCUGCAGGCCCUGGUGAACGGAAGCCUCGGUGGAGCGAUGGCCAGCGUGCAAGACGGCGGCGCCGGCGCGGCAGGCCCGGUGUGUUUGCCCCGUCGGGCCGAGACGUUCGGCGGCUUCGAUAGCCACCUGAUGCACGGCGGCAAAAGUGUCGAGAAGGACGAGAGCGAGGACGCCACAAGAGACCUGCGCAGGACAGAGUCGGACAGCGUGUUAAAGAAGGGAGGAAACGCCAACCUGCUGCUGCUGCUGAAGAGGAGCAGCGAGCAGCAGGUCCUCCACAGCGUCUCCAACCUGCACCUCCUGCUCAGCACGCUGCAGGCGGUGGUGGUGCAGCAGGACAGCUUCAUCGAGGACCAGCGCCAGGCCCUCAGCGAGCGCUCCUCGUCCUGCUCGUCGCUGACGCGGCCGUCCUCGCGGCCCGGCUCGCUCAUCGAGCAGGAGAAGCAGCGCAGCCUGGAGAAGCAGCGGCAGGAGCUGGCCUCGCUGCACAAGCAGCAGGCGGCGCACGCCGACGAGCGCCGGCGCAGGGAGAAGGAGUGGGAGGCCCGAGAACGGCGGCUGGGAGAGAAGGAGGCGCUGCUGCACGUGCAGGAGGAGGCGCUGAGCAAGCAGCAGAAGGAGCUGGAGGACGAGCGUCGGGAGCUGCAGACCAGGAAGGAGGACUACCAGCGGGACCUGGAGAGGCUGCGGGACGCCCAGAGGAAGCUGGACAAGGACAGGGAGGCGGUGCAGAGGCAGCUGGAGAAGAUGGAGGAGCUCCGUCGGGCCGAGAGGACGCCGUCCACCACGUCGGACGAGUCCCAGUUAGCCGGCAGCUCCCAGUCCCUGGAACUGGACCCUCUGGACGUCUCGUCGUCCUCGUCCUCUCAGCGCUCCAAGCCCAAAGUGCGAGGACUCAACCCCUUCACCUCGUCCUCGUCCAACCUGAAGGGGGGCGAGCCCAACAACCAGCUGUCCAAGAGCCUCCUGCAGCUCACCAAGAACCGCAAGGACGGAAAAGACAAGCGGAAGAAGAAGGUGAAAGGUCAGGCUGCAGAGCAUCUCCCGGAGGCACCGCUUGACGGAGAGAUCUUCUUCUGCUGAGAGUCGCCACCGGGAAGAAGAUGGCGUCCUAGCUAUAGCCUGUGGUAACAUAGCGCUCCUUAUCCCGCACGGGAAGUGGCGCUUCCUUUGCCCCAUCCGCUUUUUUUUUUGUUUUUUUUUUUAAACGACGAGGACGCCUUUCCGCACACACGGGCGCCCCUUCGCCGCCACGCUCGGCAAACAGACGGAACGUCCACAAGAAUCCGAUAAGCAAUUCCAGCUUGGCUUGAUUUUGGGAAAAAUGAGAAAGGAGUUUGGGAGUCCAUUUUGACAUCUGAAGACCAAAUGUGUGUGGGGGGGGGGGGGCGCGUUCGGCCAUCUUUGACGACCGCUCUGUGGACGUUUCAUUCCUUGCUUGUCGCCGCCAUCUUGAAUGCGAUGAUUUCAUUUGAUCCACAGCCGCUCACUUUGCUCUAAUUGACGUGUUUGCACGUCCUAAUCCCCCCCCCCCCCCCCCCCCCCGUGUUCCGUGAUCUCUGGCGGAAUUUUGAUGCCCCCUCGCAAAAAAAAAAAGUUGGGAAGAUGCCCCGUUUUUCCUGGUGACAGGACGUGGCUUACCUGCGGGACAGGUAGGAGGCAAACAGGAAGUCAAACAGCUCCCCCUUCUGGUAAAUUCUUGUCACACUAACGUGACAGCCAACCAGCUUUAAUGUGGAGGGAUAAGGGGCGGAGCUAACAUGUUGCUCCUCCUCCUCCUCCUAAAGGGACAAUCAGCUGAUGACGCCAGGAAACGGAAGCUGCCUAGCCUUGUCGCUAGCGUGUUAGCUAGCCUGUUAGCUAGCCGGUGGCCAAAUGCACUAAAAAAGCUUUUCUAACAGAAGGACGCGUUUGUACGAAGAAAAUAGAAAUGUAAAUAUGAUCUAUGUAUAAAACAAAUCACAUGUACAAAAACAAAGUCACUUUUUGUGAUUUAUUACAAUAUUUUCUAAGAAUGUUUUAUUUAUGUUUUAUUCUCUUCCGGAAUGAGGGGACAUGUAAAAGUGAUGUUUCUCUCCUAAUUAAAAAAAAAAAAUCAACAAACAUUUUAA